CCGAAGAAAUACCGUUUUCUGUCUACAAAAAAGUGAUUUAGAAUGAAUAUAUCUUAAAUGUUGUGUGAGAAAAGAAAUAUAUUCGGCAAUUAUAAGAGGGAGAUAACUAGUCCACAACUUGUGGUUACCCGUUACCAUCAACACCGCCGAUUUCCAGUGGGUUUUGGUGGAAGUCAAACGUCACGUACUUCGCGGCACAAAUUACACCAAUCUACGACUGUAGUCCACUCAUGCACAGUAUCUUAUCGCAACAUAUCGCGUAAUCAUAAACGACCAAAACGAUAGACCCACAUUUCCCCAUCUAUAGCGUCACCACGUGUAGUGAGGCCACAUGGUGAAUUACAAUUUUCGCAAGUGUACAACCACUGAAGAAUAUUGUCUCUUGAUUCGACUAAUUGAGUGGUAUUCUAAGAUUCCUCCAAGAUUGAUUCCCGUUUGAGGACAUAUUUCAGUAAUUUGAUUUUCAAGAUGGAUUGUCCAAGAUAUGAAAUGGCCCAAAAUUUAUCAGAGAAGAAUUUCAUACAAUAUCUGAAAGACAAUAGAAUCAUUUCGAAUCAGAAGACAUGUAGUUGUGGAAAGGAAAUGAGCAUAAGGCCUUCUCAGCGUGCCAUAGAUGGGGUGGUAUGGAGGUGCCACAAGUGCAAGAAUGCAGUGUCAAUCCGUACCAACACUUUCUUGGAGAAGAGUAAGCUUUCUGUGUACAAAAUUUUCAAUCUUAUUUUCGAUUUUAUUUUUGAAAUGCCGGUAACCAGUUCCAUGUCAGCAACCAAUGUCAGUAAAGUCACAGCAAUACAGUGGUACGAGUAUUGCCGUGAAAUCUGUUCGCAGAAAUUAUUAAAAGAUAAAAAAAAAUUAGGUGGCCCGAAUCAUGUUGUAGAAAUAGACGAAGGUUUAAUGUUUCGGAGAAAAAACGAAGCCGGGCGUGUGGUGCAUUCAUACUGGGUCGUUGGUUUCUAUGACAACACCCAGAAAAAAGGAUACCUGCAACAUGUUGGAGAUAGAAAAGCAGAGACACUGGAGGCACUCAUUAUAGACAACGUAGAACCAGGGUCUAUAGUGUUUACAGACCAGUGGGCUAGUUACCGGAAGCUAGAAAGCCUAGGCUACAUCCAUGGGACUGUGGACCUCACUCAGAAUUUUGGGGACCCAGAGAGUGGUGUAGGUGGAAAUCAAGUGGAGGCGUACUGGAACCGAAUUAAGAGAAGGCUGAAAUACAAAUUCACGUCAAGUGGAGACAUGCGAUGGUCGCACGUCAAUGAGGCCAUGUACAGAGAACUUUAUAAUAUGACGUACGACCGUGCAUGGGAGAAUUACAAGACCUUCCUAAAACACGUGGCAGAAAUUUAUCCACAAUGAUUUUCGAAAGGCUAUGUCUUCCGCUCCACUUGAGUGCUUCCAGUGUUUUCUGCCUUUCUAUCGACACCAAAAUUAAUUUCUCUUCCAAAGAGAGAGUGGCGUUAUCCCUUUCUAUCACAUUUUCAUUAGAAUGUAUCAAGACACUAUGUUGUCUGUCACAAAACAGUUAAAACUUUUACUAUCUUGAUUGAUCUGUGACUAAACCUGGAUUUAAUAUGAUUUCAUACAAACUUUGCUAUCAGUUAUAUAGAUAACGAGCAGUAAUGCCCGUUGUUGAUCGGGUAAUUACUUUUACUCUUUCUCAGGAGCCAUAUUCAAAGUGUUAUUAUAUAUGUAGAUUUACUCCUCCUGUAUGUGUAUGUUUUAUAAGAAAAAACAUGUAAUAAUUGAAGUCACACGAACUUCUGUUUGUUUAUUAUAUGAUGCUAAUAAAUGAGUUGUAUGUGUUAUUUUAUAUA